GUCUUUUAAAAAUAGUUUGAAUGCGAGCUCUCUGUGUUAAGAAAGUUUGUGGCUUUCUCUCGAAACUAUCUCUCAGUUCUUCAAUAUCUUGUCGUCGAUUCUAUGGAUCGAAUUACGGAAGCCAUCGUCGUGGUUUCUCUAAUGAAGAAGCUCUUAUUCUUCGUCGUUUAUCUGAGGGAGGUCUUGUACAUGCACGCCACUUGCUCGACAAAAUUCCUCAGAGAGGAAGUAUCAGCCGUGUCAUUUACUGGACUUCGCUUCUUACGAAAUACGCGAAAGCUGGAUACUUGGAUGAAGCAAGGGUUUUGUUUGAGGUUAUGCCGGAGAGGAAUAUCGUCACUUGCAAUGCGAUGUUGACGGGUUAUGUUAAAUGUAGGAGAUUGAAUGAGGCUUGGACAUUGUUUCGGGAAAUGCCGAAGAACGUUGUUUCGUGGACUGUGAUGCUUACUGCGCUUUGUGAUGAUGGAAGGAGUGAUGAUGCAGUCGAGUUGUUUGAUGAAAUGCCUGAGAGAAAUGUGGUUUCGUGGAACACGUUGGUUACGGGUUUGAUUAGGAAUGGGGAAAUGGAGAAGGCGAAACAGAAGGAUCUUGAUGCAAUAUCACCAAAUGGUGAGACUCUCAUCUCUCUUGCUUAUACUUGUGGUGGUCUUGGUGUUGGAUUUCGUCGUCUUGGUGAGCAAUUGCACGCACAAGUUAUAUCUAACGGUUGGGAAAGUAUGGAUCAUGAUGGAAGGUUGGCGAAAAGUCUUGUUCAUAUGUAUGCAUCAUUUGGCUUGAUUGCUUCAGCGCAUUCUCUGCUCAACGAAAGCUUUGAUUUGCAGUCUUGUAACAUUAUUAUCAACGGUUAUCUUAAGAACGGGGAUUUUGAGCGAGCUGAAACUCUGUUCAGGAGAGUCGAGAGCUUACACGACAAAGUAUCUUGGACAUCGAUGAUCGAUGGAUAUCUAGACGCGGGUGAUGUAUCGAGGGCCUUUGAUCUGUUUCAGAAACUUCACGACAAAGAUGGGGUUACAUGGACUGUUAUGAUCUCAGGUCUUGCCCGAAACGAGCUUUUUGCAGAAGCUGCAUCCCUACUGUCAGAUAUGGUGAGAUGUGGUCUGAAACCAUUGAACUCAACUUACUCUGUUCUUCUUAGUUCUGCGGGAGCCACUUCGAAUCUCGAUCAAGGAAAGCAUUUACACUGCAUGAUUGCAAAAACAACAGCUUGCUAUGAUCCUGAUCUCAUCCUUCAAAACUCUCUUGUCUCUAUGUACGCCAAAUGCGGAGCCAUAGACGAUGCUUAUGAGAUAUUCUCAAAGAUGGUCCGGAAAGAUACAGUUUCGUGGAACUCUGUGAUCAUAGGGUUAUCGCAUCACGGCUUAGCGGAUAAAGCUUUGAAACUGUUCAAAGAGAUGCUUGAUUCGGGGAUGAAACCGAACUCUGUAACUUUUCUCGGACUCCUCUCAGCUUGUAGCCACUCGGGACUCAUCACCAAAGGUUUAGAACUAUUCAAAGCGAUGAAGGAAACCUUUUUGAUCCAACCCGGAGUCGAGCAUUACAUCUCGAUGAUAGACCUUUUAGGCAGAGCUGGAAAACUAAAAGAAGCAGAGGAAUUCAUCUCAGCCCUGCCUUUCACUCCAGACCAUACGGUCUACGGUGCAUUGUUAGGCUUAUGCGGACUCAACUGGAGAGAUAGAGAUGCGGGAGGCAUAGCGGAACGAGCUGCAAUGCGGUUGCUAGAGCUUGACCCAGUAAAUGCACCGGGACAUGUGGCGCUAUGCAACGUGUAUGCAGGACUAGGGAGGCAUGAGAUGGAGAAGGAAAUGAGGAAAGAGAUGGGAAUAAAAGGAGUGAAGAAGACACCAGGAUGUAGUUGGAUUGUGGUAAAUGGAAGAGCUAAUGUGUUUCUCUCUGGUGAUAAGUCUGCAAGUGAAGCUGGUCAGAUGGUUUUGUCAAUCUUUUGUGGUAAUGAAAUGCUUGACGAGGAAGAAGAGAAACCGUUGAGUCUAUUAUGCCAUUGCUGAGGGUUAAGCACAUAUGUUCACUACAGUUUGUGUAUGCUCACAACUUAUUUGUUAA